GCCCCCGGCGCUGCCGCUUCGCCGGUGCAUGGAUGCGCCAUGGCCACGCUGGUGUGCCGGGUGCAGUUCCUGGAUGACACCGACCCCUUCAACAGCACCAACUUCCCCGAGCCCACCCGGCCGCCGCUGUACACCUUCCGCGAGGACAUCCCGCUCGGCACGCAGCUGGCCGGCGUGCACCGCCUGCUCCGCGCCCCGCAGAAGCUUGAUGACUGCACUCUGCAAUUGUCUCACAAUGGUACCUAUCUGGACUUAGAAUCUACUCUAGCAGAACAAAGAGAUGAAUUGGAGGGCUUCCAGGAAGAUGCUGGGAGGGGCAAGAAGCACAGUAUAAUUUUGAGGACCCAGCUGUCAGUGAGAGUCCAUGCCUGUAUUGAAAAACUUUACAAUUCCAAUGGACGGGAGCUGAGACGAGCACUUUUUUCAUUGAAGCAAAUAUUUCAGGAUGACAAGGACUUGGUUCAUGAGUUCGUUAUCGCUGAAGGCCUGACUUGCCUAAUCAAAGUAGGAGCAGAGGCAGACCAGAAUUAUCAGAACUACAUCCUGAGAGCCUUGGGCCAGAUUAUGCUCUACGUUGAUGGCAUGAAUGGAGUAAUAAACCAUAAUGAAACCAUCCAAUGGCUGUACACACUUAUUGGGUCAAAGUUCCGCCUUGUGGUAAAGACAGCACUGAAGCUGCUGCUUGUAUUUGUGGAGUACACUGAAUCCAAUGCACCACUUUUAAUCCAAGCAGUAUCUACAGUUGAUGAAAAGAGAGGAGCCAAGCCUUGGUCCAACAUCAUGGAGAUCCUGGAGGAGAAAGAUGGGGUUGAUACUGAACUACUGGUUUAUGCCAUGACUUUGGUUAACAAGACGCUGUCGGGGUUGCCAGAUCAAGACUCUUUCUACGAUGUGGUGGACUGUCUCGAAGAGCUGGGCAUUGAAGCUAUUUCACAGAGACACUUGAACAAGAAAGGAACAGACUUGGACUUAGUUGAACAAUUUAACAUUUAUGAGAUGACCCUGAGGCACGAAGAUGGCGAUGAGACCGCUGACCCCCCUCCCAGUGGGCGCAAGGACAGAAGAAGGGCCAGUCUGGGUGGCAGUGAGCGAAGGGGUCUGGAGCGCCGACGGAGCCGCAGGCACUCAGUACAGAACGUCAAAAGCACUUUAUCAGCUCCCGCCAGUCCAUGCAGUCAGUCAAACCCCAGCUUCAUGCUAGGCCACGGACAGCGCGUGGAUGAUCUCAGUGAGAGCGAGCUGGAGGCCAAGAGCCCCACGGUCUUACAGACAGAUGACAAGGAUGACAGUGCGUCUGAGACUGAGUUUAAAGCAUCUUCAGUAGAGGAGGAGGAGUAUGAAGAAGAGGAAGAAGAACAGCCAGUCACAGAACCCAAUACUGAGGAUGAGGGGGAGGAAGAGACCAGUAGGCAGGUCAAAGACAGUGGGGUCCCAGGUGCACAGGAAGCUGUGAAAGAAAACUUUUCACAGUGUUGUGAAUCUUCAGCCACCUCCAGUGCCAUUUCUCAAGCUGAGAGGCCUCUCCCCUGCUCUAGAGUAAAGAGCUCUUCUAGCAGCACCUCUUUUGUGCCUGAUUCAUCUGUCUCUCAUCAUAAUUCUAUUAUUUCACCACCAUCUUCACCAGCAGCAGUUUUGCUAAGCUCUUCCCAAAAUUCAUCAGCAUCCAUUACUCCAAAGGCAUCUCCAACGGUAGAGAAAUUGCCUUAUGUACCACAUACUCCUUUUCACCUCUUCUCAUAUGACUUUGAAGAGUCUCCAGCAUCUGUGAAAGAAAAGGAAGCAGAGGUGAUGAGGGAAAACAGAUACAAUAGCUAUGGCAGCAACUCUUACUCUUCUCCGCGACCUUACUCUGGUUUGAGUGCUCCUACAACACCCACUUCUCGUUAUGGGACAACUCUCUCACCACCUCAGGAGUCCAAGUCUGACAGGCCUGCUUUGGGUGGUCUUCUUACAUCAUCUUUCCGGCAGCACCAGGAGUCCUUGGCAGCAGAAAGAGAAAGACGGCGCCAAGAGAGAGAAGAAAGGUUGCAGAGGAUAGAACGUGAAGAAAGAAACAAAUUCAACCGUGAUUAUUUAGACAAAAGAGAAGAACUAAGACAAGCAAGAGAAGAGAGAUACAAAUACUUGGAGAGAUUGGCAGCCGAGGAGUAUGAGAAGGAGCUGAAGAGUCGAAGUGUAAGCCGAGGCAGAAGUGAGCUGUCCUUGAACCUGAGAUCUCCUUCAGCCCCAUCCUCACCUGUACCCAAGUGCGUCAGCCCAGCAUCCAUAGAGUCCCAGGAAGAGCUGAAGACCCCCUCUACCCCCUGUGGAACUCCUCAGCACUCAGAAGUGAGUGCCAGUGAACCUGAACCAGAAACAGAGACAGAACCAGAAGCAGAGCAGGAGACUGAGGCAGAGCCUGAGCAGGGAACGGAGACACCCAAGGAAAUAGAGGCUACAGAGGUGGGACCAGAGAGUGAGGUGGAGCAAGGACCAGAGAGAGAGCCAGAAGAAAGUGCAAUACUCAGUGAAAAAGAGAGGCAGAAUGAGGAAGUGAAUGAAAAAGACAACUGCUCUGCAUCCAGCAUAUCCUCAGCAAGCAGCACUUUAGAGAGGGAAGAGAGAGAGGACAAGUUAACCAGUGACAAUGAAACUGGUCCAUGGUCCCAGACCAUUCAGGAUGCUGGCGUGAAUGAGCAGUGCAGCAAGAUCCUCAACAACAAGCGGUUUAUGCUGGACAUGCUGUAUGCGCAUAACAAAAAGCCCAAGGAUGAAGAGGAGAAGGAGCUGGAGGCGAAGGAGGAAAAGAAGGAGACGGAGGAAAGCGAGGAGUCCCUCACUAGUCUAGCCAGUAGGAUCUCUAUCCUUCAGGCCACAAAGCAGGCCAAAGAUGAAAGUGUCAAAAAGAUGGAGAUCGGAAACCUGGACAACCAAGGCAGCGUGAAAGCCUUUGCGGAAAAAUUCAACAGUGGUGAGCUGGCCAAGGGGACAGCCUUGCCUGAAGAUGAAAUCAGUGAACAGGUCCCUGAGAAAACACCAGCACAGCCAAAGAAGGAAUCUGACUACAUCUGGGAUCAACUCAUGGCUAAUCCUAGAGAACUGAAAAUCAAAGACAUGGAUUUUACAGACUUGGGGGAGGAGGAUGAUGUAGAUGUGUUGGACAUGGAUAUGGGUCCUGGGGACUCCCUUGUUCCCCCUCCUCCACCUCCACCUUCUUUCCUGGGUUUGCCUCCUCCACCACCUCCCCCACUGUUUGGAUGUCCUCCUCCACCUCCACCCUCUGCUAAUUUAUUGGCUCCUCCUCCGCUGUUCAGCACUCCUCAGGGUUUAGGGUCACCCCAGGUUUCUAGGGGUCAGCCAGCAUUUAUAAAGAAGAAGAAAACCAUCCGUCUGUUUUGGAACGAGGUACGGCCAUUUGAGUGGCAGUGUAAAAACAACAAACGCUGCAGAGAAUUCCUGUGGUCGAAACUGGAACCCAUUAAGGUGGACACUUCCAAACUGGAGCAUCUCUUUGAGUCGAAGUCCAAGGAACUGCCUGUCACAAAGAAAACUGCUGCAGAUGGGAAGCGACAGGAGAUCAUUGUGUUGGACUCAAAACGAAGCAAUGCUAUUAAUAUUGGCUUGACUGUGCUACCCCCUCCACGGACGAUCAAGACUGCUAUUCUGAAUUUUGACGAAUAUGCCUUAAACAAGGAAGGAAUAGAGAAAAUUUUGACCAUGAUCCCAACUGAGGAGGAGAAGCAGAAGAUCCAGGAGGCACAGCUGGCGAACCCUGAUGUCCCCCUGGGCAGUGCUGAACAGUUCCUUCUCACCCUCUCCUCCAUCAGUGAACUCUCUGCCAGGCUCCAGCUCUGGGCUUUCAAGAUGGACUAUGAGAUAGUGGAAAAGGAAGUUGCAGAACCACUUCUAGACCUGAAGGAAGGAAUGGACCAACUGGAGCACAAUAAAACUUUGGGAUUUAUCCUUUCUACUCUACUAGCCAUUGGGAACUUUCUCAAUGGAACCAAUGCCAAAGCUUUUGAGUUGAGCUACCUCGAGAAGGUUCCAGAAGUAAAGGACACAGUGCAUAAGCAGUCCCUUCUGCACCACGUCUGCACUAUGGUGGUGGAGAAGUUCCCAGACAGCACUGAUCUUUAUUCAGAGAUUGGGGCCAUCACUAGGUCAGCCAAGGUUGACUUUGAACAACUCCAGGAAAACUUGUGUCAGAUGGAAAGACGGUGCAAAGCAUCUUGGGAUCACCUUAAAGCUAUAGCAAAGCAUGAAAUGAAGCCAACUCUAAAACAAAAAAUGUCUGAGUUCCUCAAGGACUGUGCAGAAAGAAUCAUAAUCCUGAAGAUUGUUCAUAGAAGAAUAAUUAACAGGUUUCACUCAUUUUUGUUAUUUAUGGGCCAUCCUCCCUAUGCGAUACGUGAAGUCAACAUCAAUAAGUUCUGCAAAAUUAUUAGUGAAUUUGCUCUGGAAUACCGCACCACCAGGGAACGAGUCCUGCAGCAAAAACAGAAACGAGCUAACCACAGGGAAAGAAACAAGACCAGAGGAAAAAUGAUCACAGAUACUGAUGAAGAAGAGGACACUGAGUCCGGAAAGUUCUCCAGCACCUCACCCUCCUCCCCAGUCCAGCCCCAGGGCCUACAGUACGCCGAGGAUGCCGCAGAGCACGAGAACAUGAAGGCUGUGCUGAAGACCUCCUCUGUCAGUGGAGAGAGCACCACGACGCUGGGGGUUCGCACUCGCAGCCGGGUCAGCCGGGGCCGUAUCGGUUCAUGGAAUGCUGGCAAUGAUGAUUCACCUAAUGCAACGGAUGAUGCAGCAGAUGAGAUAAUGGAUCGCAUUGUAAAGUCCGCCACCCAAGUGCCAAGCCAGCGAGCGGUGCCUAGAGAGAGGAAGCGGUCACGAGCAAAUAGGAAGUCAUCAUUUCUUGGAAGUUAGGACAAAGAGAAGUCAACAACAUGAGAAGGACACUAAAGAGCGGACUGACACCAGAAGAAGCCAAAGCAUUGGGCCUCAUCAGCACCUCUGAGAUGCAGGUUUGACGUCCCAGAGGCGGCGACGAGAAGAGUCAUCAUCUGAAACACAUGGGCUGACAACCCUUCGGUGUGGCAUUGUGGUGCCAGCCUCGUCUGCUGCUCCCAACAUCCCAUCUUCUGUUAGUUUAAUUUUAAUAAGCAUAAAAAGUGGAAACCCACAGCCAGGCCAGGAGAAGGGUGUGCCGCGGCUCAGCACAACAUCCUGACAGUAGCUAGGGAAGAGCAUGAGUGCUUGUAGGGUGAAAGCAUGUGGCUGCUUCUCUCAUGGUAUGUUGAUGUGGAUUGGAGGGGGCUUUCUCUGAGUUAUCUGUCAUUAUGUGAGCUGUGUUUGCGUUGGCUUUCCUUGUGCCCCAUUUUAGUCAUUGUAAAUGUAUGGCAUUUUGUCAAUGCAAUGAACAGUCCUUAAAGAAGCAAAAUAACUCCUGUUACAGCAACCCCGAUUUUCCUGAAACUGAUUCAUUAAGCAAAGAUGCACAGUCUGUGCGACCCUGUGGUUUGUUUUGUUUUACUUUGCCACCAAAGAAUGUAAAAAUGUAUGUGUACCUUUGUAUAUGUACAGAAUGAAUGUGUGAAUAUAUGUGCGUGUAUCUAUACACACUCAUGGUGUGAAGUCAUGCUCCUGCUGAACCUAGCUAGACCAUGACUGUCACUCUGGGGCCUUACCCUCCACCAGGACAGGAGGAAAAGAAUGUCUUUUUGUAGAAACUCAAUGUUAUUCCAUUGUAUUCAUCCUGUGGGGAAGGAAAUGGCCUGCAAUACAAGCAGAGAGUGUAGGAUCCUGAACUCAUGUGUAUUAAUACACGCUCAUACUGUACAUAGCACCAUGGACACAGAGGAGAGGUCACAGAAUACUUCUCUCUUGAUGAGCUUUGGCUAUGCUGUCCAUUUGUACAGUUUCAAAGAAAUUUGCGCCUACCAUUUACACACUCAGUAAAUGCAUUCAGAUAGUAACAUCAGAAAGUUUCGUUUACUUGCCUGUGCCCUUCAUGCUGCUUUUCUCUGCUGCAAGAUAAUGUGGUGGUGAUUUAUUUCAAAGUAAUUGAUCUGAACAUGAAAUGGCCCUGCUAAAAGCCUGCUGUGGUUUUGCUGUUCUUUACUGUCUUUUUUGUGUGUGUGUGAUUAUCCUUGAUGAGAGGGUACCACAGUGAAAACUCCAGUAUGCUUUCCCUUAUCUCACUGUUUGAUAACGGACUUUUUGUAACUGCCCUCAGCAUGUGUAUUUGGAGAACUUUUAGUUAGCUCAUCUGCCAUUAAGUGGAAGACAAACACAUCAGUGAAGAUGAAUUGAACGCAUUCACCCUAGCCAGUGCUGAAGCAUUUUGAAGAGAACUACAGUUAACAGUAACAUAAAAGGGAACUUUUUAAGCCAAAGUCUGUAAAUGACUAUCCUCAAGGAUGCACAAGAUUAUCUCUUUCCAUUGCCUUAGACUCUAAGAUUAAGGGAAUGCGUGCCUAGAAGUAGCAGUUGAGGCUUCCUUCAAACCAGAUGGCUGGGGAACAGCAGUUUAGUCAUAGUAGCAGGAACUAAUUCUGAUUGCAAAACACACUAGAAGAGUAGGAUUAAUUAGUCUAUGCUGGGCUUGUAGUGUCAUAGCUGUGUUGUUUCUGGCACUCAAGUUAAGUCAAGUACAUCUGCAAUUUACUCUGCUCUCUUUAAGGACAGGAUAAUCCCAGAUCGUACAGGUGAUUGGCAACAAACAGAGUGAACCUCUGAAACCUUGAUCAUUCAUGGUGUCACACUGAAUGGAGCAUCCAAUUGGUUAGAGAAUCAAGUAGCUGACAGCUCUACAACAAGAUCUGCGGAGGAGCAUCCUAUCUGUGCUGUCUCCACUCUCAGUAGUAAUAUUUCAGUUUUUAUUUGCUGUUGUCUUGGAUCUUCACAUGCCGAAGUCUGUGGAGUAAAAAAUCACUUGUGAGUAAAGGUUCUUAAGGGUGGCAUUGAGUAGGAUGUGAUUUUCCCCUCUGUUAAAAAGUCAAUUUUAUAUGCAGGCAGAAGGCAGCAGUUUUGUAAUUAAUAAAAUGUGUUGUGUGUUGAAAAGCUAUGAAAAAGAAGGUCAGGAAACAGAAAGAAGUGGCAUAUAAUUAUCUCACUAUAAAAUAAGCAAGACCUACUAGCAUCUGGGGUUUAAAGCGAAUCUUUAUGUGCUGCUUUCUACUAUGAACUUUAGAAAUUUGUCUUAAGAAUGUUAUAAACAAAGAAAUGAAGGUAAUGGUGGUUUGUGGAGGUCUCUGAGGUCUGAAACGAGGAAGACACCCUGAAUGUAAUAGUUAUGUUGAGCUGUUAUACCUAUUUAGUGAUAAAAGAAGCCCAAAUGCAACAAAACGUAUUUACGUUGACAGAGGUUCUGCAUAUGAUUGGAGAGAAUCACACAUCUUUAAAAGUCAGUAUUUUAACUAAAAUUUGCUCAAUGUGCAAAGUGAUUGGCUGUUUGUGACCACUUGCUAACUGGAAGUAGGUUUGUGUCAUUUAGAUAUAGCACAUUAUCUGUGCCUGAAAGAAUAAUGUUGCUUAUGAAUUGUAAAUAGUUGGACUUAGGUAUUUUCCAUAAAUAUUGAAAAAAAAAUGUGCAACAUUUCAUAUGCUGCUUACCAAGGAAAAAUGUAAAUAUGGUGAACAGGGUUAGAAUACGGUCAGAAAAAAUUACCCAUGUAUUUCAGAUUCUUUGGAUGCAAGUGUGUACACGUGAAGCAUACUAUUCCUUGUCCCUUAUGGUUGGCUAUCUGUGUUCUUUUCCUAAUCUUUUGCUCUCUACCUGUAAAACUGAUACCAAUUUUUCUGAAGGAUAACUUGGUCUUGUUUACAAGUAAUAUGCAGUAAGGCUAAUCUGUAGUUGUCAGUGUUUACUGCAACGAAAUGAUCAAAAGCAGGAAUAAUUCAGUAACUACGGGAAACUUUUCUAUUUCAGUUCAUCAUAAAAAUGGCCAGGAGCCCAAUGCGCUAAUACUGAAGGUGGCAUUAUUUCCUCCUGUGUCUGCUAACAUGUCCUGAUUCUGGUAAUAACAUUUGUUCUCCAUAAUCUAACCAAUGGAUUCCAGACGAAAUGAAGGAAUUGGCUUUGUUUGUGUGCCUCUUUCUGUCUGAUCAUCUUGCAGCCUUCAGAGUUUGAGUUACUGCCCAUCCCUUCACCAUCCAGAGAGAUCACCGUAAGGAUACAGCAGUUGUUUUAAAAUGCACGUGAGAUGAGGAUUGGUUUUGUGACAAAUAGAAAAGGUCUUAGAAACCUAAUGUAGCUGUUUCUCACUUAGAGAUCCAUUAAGGCUAGUUUACAACACUUGCAACCACAGUAACUCCCACACUCACCUUUUAUACAGAACCAAUCAGUUGCAAAUUUAGUGCCCAGAGUUUUGAGUGUCCUCUGAGUUCACCAGUGAUGUUCAUUUCAGCACCCAUCUGCUGUCAGUAACUUGUCUGCCUGCCUAUCACCCUAAUAUCUUCCUGAUUUGGAUACUGAGUUAAACUUUAGCAUCUGAAAUGGGUGCCAGAGGGAAGCUGUCCUAAUUUUCUUGUCUCUCUUGGUGUUUAAAAGCAGAACGUACUUAAAUACUUCGUAGUCCCUCAGUCCCAACUGAGGGAUAGCUUCCAGUAGCAGUGAUGGGGCUGUGGUGAAGAAACUCCCCCAGGGAAUGCCGUGUUCCACAACUGGGAAAGAAAGAUCCCUCACAACAAUGAAAGGCAUCACUCCUCACCUUUCAGUGAGUCUGGGCAGCCUCAUGGAUCGCAGUUGUUUUAUAGCCCAUUGGUUGCCACAUGUGACCCUUCUGCUUGAUAGACCCCUAUCCAUAAUCCAAAACAUUUAACAAAAUGGUUUUCAAUGAGGGUCUUUCUUGCUCUUGCAAGUACUGGAAACAGUGUCAAAGGCAGUGUUUGAAAUAUGCUUUUUUUUUUCCUUUUUUUUUUCUCUUUUGAUUUCCUUUUAUUGCAAAUCUCUAAUUGACUCUGUCAGCAAAAUAAGGCAUCAGAUUUGUGGGCAGACAAGCCUUUGUUUUUCACUUAAUAGACAGUUACAUGGAGUAUCUAGAUAGAUAGGCUCUCAUGUCCCAGCAUAACAGAAAUUUGAAGUGAGAGCAUGGCUGUCAGCAGGGCCUGUUGCGAGGUGCUCCCUUCCUUCCACGUCAGCUUCAGUAUUCCUUCUGUCAGGUGUCCCCUCUACACUGCUGUCCCUGGUGGCACAACAAAAACAAGUGUCCAUCCAAAGAUGCUCUCAAAAUGCAGCAUGGUGGUUGUUUUCACAACACUUUGAAUUCACUUGGAUGCAAUGGGGACAAGGAGUCAGCUCUGCAACUUCACACCCAUUGUCCAUGCAGGCAGCGGACAUAUAGACUGCCUGUAGCUCAUGGAUGAGCAGAGAGCAUGGUGUCCCUGAGCUCUCAUCCUCUCUCCCUUUCUCUCCUGCUCACUCACUGCACGCACACCGCUCCUCUCACGGCCUUUGGGAUGGGUGUUGCAUGUGGGUGUAGGCAGAGAGCGUAAUCCCGUGCAGCAUUCAUAUGGCCCUGGAUUUCCAGAAUCUGGACUCCGGAAAUGCUGUCUAGGCUGUAAGGACUGUGACUGUUGAUGUUUUUCUGCAGGGAAAACUGCCAGGUACUUACAGGCUCCGAAAGAAAAUAAACGGAAGCAAUUUCAUAAGGGAAGAAUGUUUGGUUAUGGAAAACUAUUGAAUCUGAUUUGCAAACGCUUGAACAGCACGUGAAGCCGGGGCAGCAGCUGGCGGGACUGGCAUCACAGAUGCAAUUGCAGGAGUUUUUUGCUGAGCAGCUUUGUAGUUCCAUAGCAAGUACGUCAAAAGGAGAUGUUUCUGAGAUGUUGUAUAGUUUUAUGUUUACGCCAAAAAAAAAUAAAAAAUAAAAAAAAUAUUUCUAAUUAGUCCAUUUCACAUUGAGUGGCAGAUAGAGAUAUAUUUUGUUUAAUCACUAACACAGAGGCUUCUGUGGAAGAAAAGGUUUAUUUGUAGCAUUGGGUGCAUUUCACCUUUUUAAAGACUGUCUUUGCGCGUAUAGUGUCCUUUCUGUGAGCUGGGAAUUGUAAAAAAAUGUAAAGUAGAAAAGGACGUGUUUCUUAGACGAAGGAGAAAUACUGUAAAAUUGUGUAAAUGUCACUACUCAUGUUUUCGUGUUCUGUGUAGCAUAGUGUAAAAUAGGCUUUCCAGCAGUGUUAUUCUGUGAAUUGUAAUUUAAAAAAACAAGCCAUGCAUGGUCAGAGAUAUUAUCUACAGGUCCUUCUGUUUGGUUGGGUUUUUGUUUUUGUUUGUUGUUUUCUCAUUUUAGGUAAAUUUGUUUUAUGUUAAAUUUAAUUGUCCAUGAAACUGCAUUUUUGUUUCUCAGUUUUAUUUCAUAAAGAACUUGAAUUACUCUUUAAUAUUUUACUACACACAGAGCUCACCUACAGUUUGUAUUCAUCGUUCAGAAGCUUUGUCACACGUAGUGUAAACCAGGAGGGUUUUCUUUUUAACGCACCCCUUGGCUGCCUCUUCUCCCCACACUCUUUACUGUCUGGAAAGAUGCAAUCACACUUUUUCUUUUUUUUUUUUCUGUGCCAUGCAGGGUCAAUUUGGAAAACUGACCACAGACCUGUGUCCAAAAUUUCUUGAUAUAAGUAGUUAAAGAGCUCACCUCUACAGCAUUAUGUAAACACAUCAUGCAAUAAAGCUUUAUAAAGCA